GUGGUAAAAUUUCCUGAUAGUACCCAUGUUAUCGCACGGAUGCGUGGUGAACUGCAUCAUCUAAUGUACGGUUGGAGAAAAAUACACGAACUUCAGCUUCUGACAAUUCUCGAGUGAAAAAUAGUUAGAUGCGUGGCCAUUUUGAGUUGUGGAGGUGGCACUGAUGCAAUUCUGAGUCAUCUUAUGGCUAUUUUUCUUACUUCCCACUGUAUAUCUAGUGCUACCCCAUCCAGCUCUAGCCGAAAACCAACCACCAGACACUUGCCAAGUCGUUUCGCGCAUACCCAAACACACACGGAGAGAUGGGUUCAAGCACCGACGAGUUCGACGUGAUAGUAAUCGGUGGAGGCAUCAUGGGCAGCGCCACAGCUUACCAAACGGCCAAAAGAGGUUGCAAGACACUCUUACUCGAGCAAUUCGACCUCUUGCACCACCUCGGCUCUUCACAUGGCGAGUCUCGCACCAUACGCGGAACUUACCCCGAGGAUUACUACACCGACAUGGUCCUUGAGGCUUCCGAGCUAUGGAGAGAGGUCGAGUCAGAGGCCGGAUACAAAGUCUACACCAGCACGCCCCAACUCGAUAUGGGACCAGCUAAUGAUGCUAGUCUCAAGGCUGUCAUAGCAAGCUGUCAAAAGAAUUCCUUCUCGUUUCAGAUACUCGACCACGAUGAAGUCGCCAAUAAGUUCUCCGGCAGGCUCAGCAUACCGGAGAAUUGGAUCGCAGUGCUUACCGAGCUCGGGGGUGUCAUUAAGCCCACUAAGGCAGUGUCCAUGUUCCAAGCGCUGGCAUUUCGAAGGGGCGCAGUGUUGAAGGACAACAUGGAAGUGAAAGACAUUAAGAGAGAUGAAGUCAGAGGAGGCAUGGUGGUUUACACAGCCACGGGCGACAAGUUUUGGGGUAGGAAAUGUGUGGUCACCGCCGGGGCUUGGACAAAAAAGUUGGUCCAUUCGGUCACUGGCCACGAAUUGCCAAUACAACCCCUGGAAACUGCGGUUUGGUAUUGGAGAAUCAAGGAGGGGCACGAGGAGAAGUUCACCAUUAAAGGUGAUUUCCCAACAUUCGCGAGUUAUGGCCGGCCUUACAUAUACGGGACCCCAUCCCUGGAGUUCCCGGGUCUGAUCAAGAUUGCGGUGCACGGCGGAUGCCUGUGCGACCCGGACAAAAGGCCAUGGAUGCCCGGAAGGGACCUAGAUUCAUUAAAAGAAUGGAUUGAAGGAAGGUUCCUAGGAUUGCUGGAUUGUAGCGCACCUGCGGCCACACAAUCCUGCAUGUAUUCAAUGACACCAGACGAGGAUUUUGUGUUGGAUUUCUUGGGCGGGGAGUUCGGGGAAGAUGUAGUGAUAGGUGGUGGGUUUUCUGGUCACGGAUUCAAGAUGUCCCCGGUUAUAGGGAGGAUACUGGCUGACCUUGUACUCACGGGGCGUGCGGAUGGAGUGGAGCUCAAGCAUUUCAGAAUAGGAAGAUUUGACGAGAAUCCAAAAGGGAAUGUAAAAGAAUUUGCAGAUCAGGUUGGUUUCAAUGAAAGUCCCUACUGAGUGAACACUUUCGGGCGCUGUCCUGGUGAGAUCUAUUAUGUGUCCUUUAGCUUAGAUUUUUUUUUCUUCGCACAUUUGUACAAGGAACUUCGUUCUGAUUUCAUUUGCUCUUCGAUUGGUAGAAGAAUAAGUUGUGUGUCAAUUUACUAGCAAUUCAUGGUCCAUUAUGUGUGAUCUAUUAUGUGUUUUGAACAGAAAAGAAAAAUCUCUUCUGCAUGCUUUGUUCUUUUGAA